AUGUCGUACCUACCGUUUAUGUCCGACUUCGACAGGCACCAUCGCAUGCCGUUCCAAUAUGCUAUGUCUUUCAUACCGGAAUCGUUGAUCGACUCGAUAGACCCAUCGCAUUUGGAGUACUUCCCAAGCCUGUCUAAGUUCAACCGCUUCCGGAAACCUAUGAAGAAUCGUUUCGAAGUGAAUUUGGACGUGGAGGACUACGGCCCUGAUGAUAUAAAGGUGAAGACGAUUGAAGGGUUCGUGGUCGUCGAAGGUGAGCACAAGGAGAAACGAGAUGAAUAUGGUUGGGUGAAGCGUCAAUUUCAUCGCCGGUGCCCUUUACCUGAGGGCUAUAAAACUAAGGCUCUCCUAUCCCAAUAUUCUGCGGAUGGUACCCUGACCAUAACAGCGGCUUUGGUCAAAUGUAAUGACGAAAAUCGUGAGGUGCCGGUGAAUAAGAGACAGGAAGGUGCAGAGAUACCUGCUAAGGAUGACUCAGAGUUCGGGGAUGAUAAAAACGAGUCUGAGAAAAAGCCGAUUAAAUCUAAACCGGCUAAGGAAAUAGUGGUUAAAAUAGAGGUGAAUAAAAAAAUCUCCAAGCAGUCAACUGACGCAGAGAAGGAACAGGCCGAAGCAGUUCUGGAGGAUGACAACGAGUAA